CAAAAUAUUUCUUAUAAACUCAACACCUAAUUUCAGAAGAAAGCUUCUGGUGACUUGUACUAUUCUUACAACGGCCCGAUUAAGACAUUUACUGGUGGUUCGACAAUGACAAACUCUCCAGAAAACAAAUCGUGAAAUGAAUAAUCUUUAAACACAGGUUAAAGUUAAGCUUUAGAACUUGUUACGUAGUUUUCUAAUCCCAAUUUCGUUGACAAGGUAUAUCAUUCAAUUCCAAUCAGCUUAACGUCAUAAAGGAUACCACGAAGAGAAUUUCACUAUUGAUUUGGCUUGAAAUUUUUACUGACCCACAAGUAAUAGAAGACUGAAACAAUUUUAAAAUCAAUAUUAAAAUAUUUUUCAAUGAAAAAUAUACUUCGCCCAACUACACUGACACCCAAAGUCUUCGAUCUUUAAAAACAAGAUUUGCCAUCACCAAAAUCAAGGCGAAUACAAUUAAAGGUUGAGUCGAUUCAGAUCUUUAGCAUAUCUAUUGUAUCAAGUAAUGGAGAUGUCUUUAGAAAUUAAUUAUUUUCACGCCUUAUUAAAACUUGUUAUAUUUUUUGGAAAAUGAAAUUACCAGGAACUGUUCGAGAUCAAUUUAAUUGCAAUAAUCUCAAUGAUUUCAUAAUAAUUUUCAUUGAAGUUCAUCGAGAGAAUUAGACCAAAUGGGAAUUAUUUAUAGUAAUUUAUAGGAAAUGUUUCUUUCACAAGACUCUGAAUCUUCAGAACCAGAUACACAAGCUGAGAAAAGAUUAUUUCCUUGUUCAACAUGUGGCAAAAGGUUUUUAAACAGAACACAUUUUAACAUUCAUCAAAGGACACAUACAGGAGAAAAGCCUUUCAGUUGCGAAACUUGUGGUAAAAGUUUUUCGCAAAAAUGUCAUCUAACACAACAUAUAAGGAUUCAUACAGGGGAGAGGCCAUAUCAGUGUGGUGCAUGUGAAAAAACGUUUGUUCAAAGUUCUCACCUUAGAAACCAUAUUAAGUCCCAUUUGUUCGAAUUUCCUUUUACAUGUGAGAUGUGUGGUAAAGGGUUUUCAGAAAAGGAGGUUUUAGAUGAACAUAUAGAAAUGCAUGAAAGGGAAAAGUGGACCAAACAGAAGAUACUCACAAAAAGUUCUCUAACACCUCUUAUUAAUACAGAGUAUAUGAAAGCUUGUCAAGAAGCAAACAUUUUAUGUUGUGACGUAUGUGGGAAAGAUUUUCCAACAGUUUCAAAGCUUAAAACUCAUAAAAGAUUCCAUGUUAAAGAGAAAAGAGUUUCUUGUGAAAUAUGUGGGGGGAAAUUUUUUAAUGGAUCUGAUUUAAGUAUACAUUUGAGAACGCAUACGGGAGAAAAACCAUUUCAUUGUGAGGUUUGUGGGAAAAAUUUCUCCCAAAGCCCUCAUCUUAUACAACACAUACGAAUACACACUGGGGAAAAUCCUUUCCCCUGUGAGAUAUGUGGGAAAAACCUUUCUUCUAGAUCACACUUAAAAAUUCAUAAAAGAUCGCAUACUGGAGAAAGGCCUUUCCAUUGUCAAAUUUGUGGUGAUUCAUUUUCAUGUAGUUCUCAUUUAAGUGCACAUAUAAGGAUUCAUACCGGGGAAAAACCCUUUAAAUGUGAGGUCUGUGGGAAAUAUUUUUCACAGAAUUCUCAUCUUACACAGCACAGGAGAACACAUACUGGGGAAAAGCCUUUUUCUUGUCAAAUCUGUGAUAAAGGAUUUACUUUAAAAUCUGGCUUGAAAUUUCAUCUCCAGAAACAUUCAUGUUCAAAGACUUUUCAUUGUGAAUUUUGUGAGAGAAAAUUUACAAAUAAUUUCCGUUUUAUACAGCAUAUAAGAACACAUACUAAAGAAAGGCCUUUUCUCUGUGAAAUAUGUGGGAAGAAAUUUUCACAAAGUUGUAACCUUAAACUGCAUAAAAAAACACAUUCUUGAAAGACAAUUUUUCUCUCUAUCUUUAGAAAUCCAUUAAAUAUUUCCUCUUCAAAAA